AAAGGUCACACUUUUAAAAGGAAAACGAAAUAUCAUUCUUUUUUUGGCCUGGCCUUAUGCUGAUUAUUUUCAUCUCGCUUUAGAUCAAGUUUAUUAUUAUAAAUGUAGAUUUAUUCUAGUUAAAACAGCAAUAAAAAAACACACGAACAAAAAAAAACAACUAGAUAAGAUAGGCCUAGAUCUACAAGUCUGGCAGCUAGAUCUAGAUCCUAAAUAAAUACUAGAUCUAAAAACUAAAUAGUUAAAAAAUAGGCCUAGUUCAUUAUUUUCAAAUAUUUUCAUUAAUCAAUCAAGUAGUCUCACUCAACCCUAACUAACACUAGCAACUGUUACUACUGUUGUAGUGUAGUACACUCAUUAGUACUUCAGUAAUCAGUAUGAUGAGACAAUAUGAGUACACCAUGGAAUGUAGCUAAGAUAAACAAGCCAUACAAGGUGUACUGCUACUAGAACUAGAUCUAGAAUUACUUUUCUAGAGUUAGCUAGACUCACUUAGAGUAGCAGAGAGUCCAAUAGACAUAAGAAUGAAAGUUUCAUCUCUAAAACAUUUGAGAGACAUGCAGUUGGGUCAGAAAAAAAGCAUAGGCUGGAAGGACAGUUUAUAUUCAUCUCUCUACUCCUCGACCAUCUCUACAAAAACCACCGAAUCCACCCCAUUAGAUGGAUUAGACUGGGGAGCAGUUUUUGGCUUUGGAUUUUCCACUGAUGGAACCUUGUUGGCUGCUGCGUGUGAGAACACGUGCAUGCUGUUGUAUGACCCCCACAAUGAACGGCUCAUCACACGCAGAUUUAAAACACACACGGACUGCGUUAACUGUGUCAGGUUCCUGGACAACAGGACAUUUGCCACAUGUUCUGACGACAGUACUGUGCGGCUGUGGGAUGCCAGGUUUCUCAGCCAGGAGAUUGUUGUCCUCAAAGGCCACACAAGCUGGGUGAAGAACAUUGAGUACUGCUCAUCUGAGGGGAAGCUGAUCACCUCAGGGUUUGAUGGCAACAUUUUCUCCUGGGACAUUAACAACUACUCAGACAAGGAGAAGCCAGAAGCACUGUUCUCCCUGUCAGGCAUCAUGAGAACAAAAAUAACUCCAGAUGAGAAGAAACUGAUUGUAUCCACCAUCAGAGGAUAUUUUUUACUGAUACAUGACCUCAACCUCGACACUCUCAGUGAAGAUCUUAAAGGGGUUAAGACUCUCCUUCAUUUGACCCACAUUCUAAACACUUCUCUAAACAACCUUGAGUUGCAAUGUAAAAAAAUGUUCACAAGAAAGCGCAACAGGAUUGAGUGUAUCACAGAUUUUCCUGAUGCUGACAAGGCAGAAUCCAUCAACACUAUGCAGGUCCACCCCCAAGGCUGGUGUAUCGCCUCAAGAAACACAACUUAUGAUGAGAGAUCAGAGUGGACCUGUGUACAUGACAUCCAGUCAGUCCAACCACAGGCUGUUGGGGGCAGGCAGGAGGAGGGGGACCCUGAGACCAGCAGCACUGGACCCCACCGGUCAAGACUGUUUCCUCAUCCACUAGAGCUCAGACCUCUGCUAGAAGAUGAAACUUAUGCUGGAGGGGGGGAAGAUGUGAGUGAUGAAGAUGAAGAAAUGUAUCAGGACUCAUUUGUGUUAGAUGACUUGUCUCCCCUGGUAGAGUUGUCCCCCGGCAACUCUGAUGAAGAAACCUCGGAUUCCUCCCUACACAACUAUCAUCUGACUGUCAGAGGACAGCCUAACAAUCUGACAGUCAGACAUCAGCCCAGCCGUCAGUCAGCUGACUUAUCAGAAGAUGAGGAUAUCGACAUCCGUGUGACUUCACCCCGACCCCCACGAUCACCACUAUCUUAUGCCCAGUCUUCAGCCAAUAGAAUCUCCCACAUCCAAUACUUAGUUAACCCACCUGAAGGGAACGGAAUAUUUUCUUCCAGCACAGCCUCAUCCACACACACCAGGAGCCGUGGGAGCCGACACAAGCCCUCAAGGCUCCUCUACUCCAUCCAGGAGCCAAACGUUGGCCGGGGGUUUAUCAAAGAGCAAAGUUUCAGCAGUGAUGGCCGGGUACUGGCCUCACCUUUUGCCAACUGUGUCCGGCUGCUGGCCUUCAACCAGCGCUGCUCGGAAAUAUGUGACGUCCUCCCCAGAAGCCCUGCAGCGCUGCAGCAGGUGGCCAUGACCUUGGGACAGAAAAGUAUUGUUCUGGCUAGUACUUUCUCACCAACACAUUGCCAGUUUGUGGCUGGUGCUAAGGAUGGAAGUAUUUCAUUUUGUUCACCAAAAUUAUAGCUCAGUACCAAGGAUGAAAAUAUUUCAUUUUGUUCAAAAUUGUAUUCUAAACUAUACAAAGCUCUGUUUUCUGGAUUUUACCUUUAUCUUUUAAAACAUUACUUUAAGUAUUAAAAAACAAAUUCUUGUCACAAAUUGUGGUACAAUAUCUAGUCUAGCUUGUCCUAAACUAUCACAAUUUAUUGUACUAAACUAUCACAUUGUGUGAUACAGUAACUAGUUAACAUGUACUAAACCAUCACAUUGCUAAUGCUAGAAAUGUUUGUCUUUCAGUUGUAGCAUUGAUGUGUGAAUGUGCUCAGGCUACGUACUUUUGAAGAGAUUUGACUUGAGUGUUGGCUCUCAUCUAAAUGUUGCAGUUGUCUAGUUGUUUUAAUGUAGUCUUUCAUCUACAGCAGGGGUCUCCAAACUUUUCAGCCCGAGGGCCGCAUUUACUAUCAAAAAUCAGUUCGGGGGCCAGAACUGAGGCCCUCCCCCCAAGAAUGUCUACCUAAUCUCACCCUCCCCACGAAAUAUAAUCUAUAUAGAAAUAUAUAAAAAUUUCAAGUGUCGUCAUCCACCCUC